GCCUCUCUGUAUAAAAUCCGGCGCGUUCUCCUCUCUGAAACAGAGUAGAGAUCAUCGAUUCAAUCUUCCACAUUGCCUCUUUAUCUUCUCUUGCGCUCUCUUUCGCCGAUAGUGCUUCCUCUUCUAGCGUGCGGGGAUGGCGGAUGUGCAGAUGGCGGACGGGGAGACCUUCGCGUUCCAGGCGGAGAUCAACCAGCUCCUGAGUUUGAUCAUCAACACUUUCUACAGUAACAAGGAGAUCUUCCUUCGCGAAAUCAUCAGCAAUUCAUCCGACGCUCUGGACAAAAUUCGUUACGAGAGUCUCACAGACAAGAGCAAGCUCGAUGGACAGCCCGAGCUUUUUAUCAGGCUUGUUCCGGACAAGGCUAACAAGACUCUGUCAAUCAUCGACAGUGGUAUCGGCAUGACCAAAGCAGAUCUUGUGAAUAACCUGGGCACGAUAGCAAGGUCUGGGACCAAGGAAUUCAUGGAAGCAUUGCAAGCUGGCGCUGAUGUUAGCAUGAUUGGCCAGUUUGGUGUUGGGUUUUACUCGGCUUACCUCGUGGCCGAGAAAGUCAUCGUGACCACGAAGCACAAUGACGAUGAGCAAUACAUCUGGGAAUCGCAGGCUGGAGGUUCCUUCACUGUUACGAGGGACGUCAGUGGAGAGCAACUUGGCAGAGGAACCAAAAUCACACUGUUCCUCAAGGAGGACCAGUUGGAGUACUUGGAGGAGAGGAGGAUCAAGGACCUUGUGAAGAAGCAUUCCGAAUUCAUCAGUUAUCCCAUCUACCUCUGGACCGAGAAGACAACUGAGAAGGAGAUAACUGACGAUGAGGAUGAAGAUGAACCCAAGAAGGAAGAGGAGGGAGAUGUUGAGGACGUUGACGAGGACAAAGAAGAUAAGAAGGGGAAGAAGAAAAAGAUCAAGGAGGUGUCGCACGAGUGGCAACUCAUCAACAAGCAGAAACCAAUCUGGCUGCGAAAGCCGGAGGAGAUCACCAAGGAGGAGUAUGCUUCCUUCUACAAGAGCUUGACCAACGACUGGGAAGACCACCUUGCGGUCAAGCACUUCUCUGUCGAAGGCCAGCUCGAAUUCAAAGCGAUACUCUUUGUUCCAAAGAGAGCUCCAUUCGAUCUAUUCGACACCCGUAAGAAGAUGAACAAUAUCAAACUCUAUGUCAGGAGGGUGUUCAUCAUGGACAACUGCGAGGAACUUAUGCCUGAGUACCUUGGCUUCGUGAAGGGAGUUGUCGACUCCGAUGACUUGCCACUCAACAUUUCCCGUGAGAUGCUGCAGCAGAACAAGAUUCUGAAGGUUAUCAGGAAGAACCUUGUAAAGAAGUGCAUCGAAAUGUUCAAUGAGAUUGCAGAGAACAAGGAGGAUUACAACAAGUUCUACGAGGGUUUCUCCAAGAACCUGAAGUUGGGUAUCCAUGAGGACACCCAGAACAGAGCCAAAUUGGCAGACUUGCUCCGCUACCACUCAACCAAGAGCGGCGAGGAGAUGACCAGCUUGAAGGACUAUGUCACCAGAAUGAAGGAGGGCCAAAAGGAUAUUUACUACAUUACUGGUGAAAGCAAGAAAGCUGUUGAGAACUCACCGUUCCUGGAGAGACUUAAGAAGAAGGGUUACGAAGUGCUCUUCAUGAUUGAUGCCAUUGAUGAGUAUGCUGUUGGGCAAUUGAAGGAGUAUGAUGGGAAGAAGCUGGUCUCUGCCACGAAAGAGGGCCUGAAGCUCGACGACGAGACUGAAGAGGAGAAGAAAAAGAAGGAAGAGAAAAAGAAGUCCUUCGAGAACCUGUGCAAGACCAUCAAGGACAUCCUCGGGGACAAGGUGGAAAAGGUCGUUGUGUCCGACAGAAUUGUGGACUCGCCUUGCUGCCUGGUGACAGGAGAGUAUGGCUGGACGGCGAACAUGGAAAGGAUCAUGAAGGCGCAGGCCCUCAGGGACAGCAGCAUGGGCUCCUACAUGUCUAGCAAGAAGACUAUGGAGAUUAACCCUGACAAUGGAAUCAUGGAGGAGCUGAGGAAGAGAGCUGAGGCCGACAAGAAUGACAAGUCGGUGAAGGAUCUCGUGAUGCUGCUCUUCGAGACUGCACUCUUGACCUCAGGUUUCAGCCUCGACGAUCCCAACACUUUUGCGGCCAGGAUUCACAGGAUGUUGAAAUUGGGUCUUAGCAUUGACGAGGACGAGGCAGAGGGCGAUGAUGCCGAUAUGCCCGCCUUGGAGGAGGAUGGUGCUGGGGAGAGCAAGAUGGAGGAAGUGGACUGAGUUGUCGUACAAAAUUAACACAGUUCGUGAAUGUUUUGGUCUUGACUUUCUUGUCCCUUUUCUUUGUCGUAAUACUUUAGGUGAAGUCUGUCAACGUCCCAUGGUGAAGUAUUCCCUAGAAGUCUCCUAGAUCAUGUUGUGUCUUUUUUGAUAUGGACCAGGGAAGACAGAAUGCAUGAGCCGCUCCAUAUGUUC